AUGCCUUUUUUUGGAUUAGUAACCCGUUUUUCCUCUAAAUUCCUAAAAUAUAGGGGAUAUUGUAGAGAAAGUUGUAGAUGUGCCAGAAAAGGCGGUCUCCGUGGUGCGGGCGAGUACUUCCCAGAUUUCAUCGGGAAGUGUCAUGCCGCAAGAGAAGCUAAAGCUUGCAUUCAAGCUGCUGGGGAGGUGUUGGAGGAGGGGAGUAGCCAGCCUCCGGACAAUGCGGAGCUAAAUGCUCUGAGAGAGCGGGUAAAAACACUCUCGUCCGAGAAGGCUUUUCAGGAGAAAAUCAAGAAACUUUCCAAGGCCAAGAAAGAUGAAAUCGAGAAGCUCAAGAAGAUCAAGACGGAUUCUGACCGAGAGGUGGCAACUUGUCUUCAACAGCUUAAAACUUUGUCAGAAUCUCGGGACUUGAUGCAGCAAGAGCUUGAAGAACUCAGAGAUGCUGCUCAAGAUGUGGCAGGACUUGUGGAGAUCCCGGAGGGGAAUGAAAAAGAAACCGCUUACGCUGGCGGGGAGGCUUCGGAAAGUACCUGAGAGCUUUGAAAGGUACGUCUCCACAACCACCCGACAAUACGUGGAACAUGUACUCGGGUUGGUGAGGUCCUACUGGACACAUACUCCCCUUGAUCCACUUGGGAAGGGCGCAAAGGCUGACUGUACUGAUGAACAAUUCAAUCAGUAUCUGUAAGAAACUCCUGCCGUAGCAGACCAGAUAGUGGAGACUUUGAACAAGUCUAGGUCUCCCUGAACUGCUUGUGAAAAUUGUUUGGCGUGUGGGCCAAAAGUACUUUGAACAAAUGUUUAAUAUUUGUGUAAUGUCAAGUACUUGUUUUACGGUAGGAUUAUGCAAUCCUUUGGAUUGUCGAGUAAUUGAUACUCGAAAGGGAUGAGUUCUGGCGGCA